UUUUGAUUAAAAAAAAAAGAGUUAAGUCAUUAUAUCAAUAUUGUAGUUCCCUUACUCUACAGAUAUUGUGUGACGAUGUGUUCCCUAGGGGUCACAAAAGAGCCGUAUUUUUUCAUUCCGUCAGAAACGAUAAUUUGAUAAACAUUCGUGUACCUUUGUCUACCGUUAAUAUUCACGAAUAACAUUAUAAAGCGACACUUAAAAGUUUUCAGAGUCAUUAUAACAGCUAAUUAGUUUCAGUUGUUUGACCGGUAUAAUUUGAAUAAAAAAAAACGCCAAGCGAUGCACACGGGCCACUUUUUAAUAGUGUGUUCCUACGUCGUCAAUGUACGUCGCGGAUCGUAUGGCUUAUUCAAGAAAUAUUUCGGGAAAUUCAGGAAAAAAGUCUCAAACUGGAAACUACGUUGCUGAGAAAGCCGGCUAGAGAUAAUCUGGAAGCUAUGUGUAUGCGGAAAUCACCGCGGUCUUGAACUUGCAAAUAUGUGAAUGAGGUAAAUUACCGUAGUGUAUUUUAAAAAAGGCGCCAACAUGUAUGCUGCGGCGCAUGCACGCGGUGCAUCAGUUCACCACAAACGUGACAGGCAACGUCGCCGCAACAGCUCUCGGAAAUGAGCUCCUGACGUUCGUCGACCAACAGUCAAUCAACAAAAAAUGAAAGCAUUACCGCUUUUAAGCCCUUUAUGCUAGUCUGUCUGUUUGUCCAUUUGUCCGCCCAUACGUCGUAUGUAUUACAUAGCCGGUUGUUCGUUCGCAUAGACAUUACCGUUUAUUCGACAUCAGUUUGCCGAGCCAGUUGCAUUCGAGCCGUAGAUGAUGUCCGAGAGUUGUUCGCGAGCGCGCACUCUCGUUUACACCGCAAAAUGGAUGACAGCUUGCAACGACUAUAGCAGCACUGGGUAACGGUGGCCCUUCAUUCAGCGUUUGUCGACAUUUGGCUUCAUCAUUCAUUAUCUAAUCAGUUUGAGAUUGCUAGAAAAAAGAGAACAGGGCGGCGCACCGCAACAACGCUAAAAUGGCGAUGACUAGCCAAAGUAAAUGAAACUUUAAAAAGAAAAUAGAACAAAAAUGAAAUAGAUACAGAGACAAGAGGAAAAAAGGUUUGCAGUUUAAUGUGACGGAAUUAUCGCAAUGUCCAUUGAGUUUGUGAUAUACGGCUGACCAAGAUGCUACUAGGCGGCUAAUUGGGAGAUCCGGCGAGUACUAAAUGUUCUAUCGUUCUAUAGCAACGGGCCCAAGCGUCCUCGGGAAGGGAUCGAAGCUCUCAAGUUUGAUAGGAUAAGCUUGGGGUAAAAAGAAAAUCUUUAGGGAGCCCUGAGUGUGUGUUAUCGACGAGCGAAGACAGGCGAAGCGUCUCGGUAUUGAGAACUGCAACAGUAACAAAUUUACCUGUGCACCACACUAUGGCGACUCUAGGACAUAACGCCUGGCAUAUGGACGACAUCGACGAUGCGUUAGCAGCAGAUUUUGAUGGCUCUCUAUCGGGCCUCGGCAUCGAGCUUGGAACCGCUUCAUUUAAUAUGAGCGAGACAUUACUCGCUCUGCCGUCAAUUAAAGAUGAAUCGGUUACAGGUGGUCACCCACAGGCGGUGCACGCUCAUCAAGCUGUAGCACAGGCGCAGGCUGCUGCCCAAGCAGCACAGAGUAGAAUAAAAAAAAACCGCCCGUUACAAGCUGAAGAAGAAGCAGCCCCAACGACCAUUAAACGUUUCUGUAAUGAUCCCAACCAGAAUGUAGCAUCGAGUGCGUCAUCAAGCUGUAGCAGCAAUCAGAAGCAUUCGAGUUCCGCACCUGAUCUGCGUCACUGCGCAAAUGAUACAGGCAUUUUGUUACUGCAGUCCACACUGCCCGGUGCCCCUGUGUCUCCUUCAGGCGCACCAGCAUGCCUUGGUUCUGGACCAAUUUCAGGCUGUCAGCCAAUGUUUCAAUGCGUUCUAGGAGCGGCGACAUCCAUAGCGACGAAAGUGAACGAACGUACGAUGACCUAUCUUAAUCAAGGCCAGUCGUACGAAAUUAAACUCAAGAAGCUCGGUGACCUCACGGAGAUGCAGGGUAAACUGCUGAAAAGCGUUGUCCGAGUGGGCUUUCAGGAGCGACGAUUGCAAUACAUGGAGAAGGAACAGAUGGAACAAUGGGCUAUACAGCAUCCACAGGAGAGAGUUCUUGACGUCGACAUCCCGCUCAGUUAUGGGGUGUUUGACGUUGUCAGCUAUUCGAAGCUUAUCAACGCUUUCGAGUUUGUUUGGGAUCCGACGAAGGAGACGGGCGUCUUCGUGCGUCUCAACUGUAUCAGUACUGAAUUCACUCCAAAAAAGCAUGGUGGAGAGAAAGGAGUACCUUUCCGACUCGUUGUUGAAACUUAUUCGACAGACGGCGGCAAUUUGAUACAGGGGAAGUUGCACAGCGCUUCGUGCCAGGUCAAAGUAUUCAAGCCUAAAGGUGCCGAUCGAAAGCACAAGACCGACCGAGAAAAGAUGUCGAAACGACCCAUUGCUGAGCAGGAGCUCUAUCAGCCCAGCUUCGAUUGCACUUUUUUUACCGAAUGCACCCAGCAAGCGGCAUAUUCACAACAGAGCCCAGCCGAGACACCGACCAAGAUGCCAUCAGCUGGCCCUGGCAGUGUUAGCAGUACAUCAGGCGGCAGUGGAAGCGGGGGUGGGGGUGGUGGCGGCGCCAGCUCUAGUGGUGGAGGGGGCCCUGGCAGUACAGGAAAUGGUGGAUCAGCUGCUAUGACACCCACCUAUCCGCCGAGUCCUCCCGAACCUCAAAUUACCGCACCGAUAACACCUCUCGGUAUUUCUCAGCGUGUUAGCAUUUCGCCCUCGACAAGCAUUACGGGUUCCGACUCGGACGAGACAGCCCUACUCACAAGUGACGCGUCUCCUCAAGAGACAGCCGAUUGGCUUCGCAGCAACCGCUUCUCGAACGCAUUACAACAAUUAGGCAGCUUUUCGGGGGCGGACCUGCUACGACUAAACAAGAAUGAUUUGAUUACCAUCUGCGGGGUGGCCGAAGGCAUCCGAUUAUAUAAUCUGUUGCACGCGAAAGCGAUUCGACCUGCACUCACGCUCUACAUGGGCAAUACUUUGGACGAACCGUUUGUGCCCGUGUUCCUUGAAAAGGCCACAGCGUAUCAGCUCAAGUCUGCGAUCUCGUCGGCCAUGUGUGUUCCAUGCGAUUUACUUUUCCUGAAGGGACCGGGAGGUAUUCGGGUGUCGGUAACAGAUGAGCUAGUGCGGAACCUUAGCGAUGAAGCAGCUUACCUCCUCGAAGCCCACGAUAAAGUCCUUCUGAUGACACCCGCACGCAUAGAGGGGGGCACUGGAACAACCCAGCAGGGUUCAACUGACUUGUAGGUGACAGGGACGGCAUAUAUAUAUAUAUAUAUAUAUACACACAUUAAGGAUUUAUAUAUAAUACUGAAUACGGGUCCACCAACUUGGCGAGGCAAGGUCAUCGGUUAAGAUAAGUGUACUCGCAAAGAUUUGAAAGAGCAACAACUAAGUGGCAAAAAAUAAUUUUUAUGGCGAUAAUAAUUUCUAUAAGGCAUAAGGAGAGGUAUAGGUCAGGGUAACCUGAACUAACCAAAAAAAACAAGGCGCAGGUAGUUAUUUGCUGCUACAAUAGUAAUGAUGUAACUAUUAUUCUACCUAUCUAAUAGGAGGCAAAACCGAGUAGCCCACUGUCGACAGGGGUAAACUGGUGAUGCGCGAUUUCGUAUGUGGUUUUGACUACAAAAGGAUCGCAAAAAUGAAAAAAGGGGACACACAGGUGUAUCGAAGCACUGUUCUGCAGGGCAGGGUCUAGAUAUUUUUUGCAAUGUUCUCUUAUAUUUUAUAUACACAAGAAAUAAAAAAUCGAACAAGGAAUGUUUUUGACGACACUAAACAUUAUGAUAACAACUUCGUACCAUAGUCGACAGUUGUGCGUAUGGGAAAUAAAAGUUUAUAUUUUGUUAUCGUUG